AUGUCGACCUCAGCGGAGGCGAAAGCCGGCGGCCGACAGCGGUCGAGGUUAUCGUUGAUUGGUGUUUUCAAAGAAGUCUUCAAUUGGUACCCAUCUGAGUACCCAGUGGCAGAGAGAAAACUAUUACUGAAGCUCGACAUCUCUAUCCUCGUAUUUGCAUGCUUAUGCUACCAAACCAACAUCAGCAAUGCCUACGUCAGCGGGCUCAAGGAAGACUUCAGUCUCAACGGCAACGAGCUGAACUACUUCAACGUCUGCUACACAACAGCAUACGUGGUCUUCCAGGUUCCCGGGAUGCUGUUAAUGUCGCGUCCGAAACUAUCCAGGUGGCUGCUCCCGACGCUCGAGAUCCUCUGGGGCGUAGUAACCUUUGCUCAGAGCCGCGUCACCAACGUGCACCAGCUGUACGCGCUGCGGUUCCUGGUCGGCAUGCUCGAGGCGCCCGUCUUCGCCGGCACGCACUUCAUCCUCGGGUCAUGGUACAGCGGACCGGAGCUGUUCCGCCGCGCAGGCACGUGGUUCAUCUGCAACCCGCUCGGGUCCAUGAUCAGCGGGUACCUGCAGGCGGCAGCGUAUAAGAACCUAUCCGGAGUCGGGGGUUUGACUGGAUGGCGAUGGUUGUUUAUAAUCGACGGAAUAUUCACCAUCCCCGUCGCGCUGCUGGGCUAUAUUGUCUUCCCUGGGGUUCCGGACUCGCCGCGGCCGUUCUACCUCACUGAGGACGACACCAAUCUGGCCAAGAGCCGUCUGGAGAAAUUCCGCAUUCGAAGGCCCGGGAAGCUUAAUCUGGACGUGUUCAAGCGGACACUGAGCCGGUGGCAUAUCUGGGUGUUUGUGUUCUGCUAUAUCUGCAUGAUCAUAUCAUCCUACCCCUCGCAGUACAUGAAUUUGUGGCUCAAGGUCGAGGGCUACAGCACGGUGCAGGUCAACGAGCUGCCCACGGUGACGUACGCCAUCACUGCUGUCGCGUCCUGGCUGGGGGCGACGUUAGCGGCUAUCUACCCUUCCUGGGCCAUCUACAGCAUCGAAACCACCUGCGUCCUCUUCUCGACUAUCUGUAUGAUCAUCUGGAAUAUUCCCAAACCCUUGAAAUUCUUUGCUUGGUACCUUUUCGGCGUGUCUGGCUGUGCCAGUCCAAUCCUGUACUCCACUGUGAACUCGGUCGUUAGGGACGAUUCUGAGGAGCGAGCUAUAAUCAUGGGAUCUAUGAUGACCUUCGGAUACUCGUUCCAGAUUUGGGUUCCUCUGCUCAUCUUCCCUACCGCGGGGCCCUACGGUGCACCAAGAUGGCAGCACGGCUGGCCUGUGACAUUUGUGUUUUACUUCCUGUUGUGGGCUGGUUUCAUCACGGCCUUGCUUUUGCACAGACGAGGUGAGAAGAAGCGUCAGCAGAGGGACUUGGCCACUGCCCUAAGCGGUGCAGACGAUACGAGCAGGGAGAUUGUUGCUGUUGAAACACCUGUGAACGAUAAAGCCAACGGCUAG